ACAGGCAGCAGGGCGGUGGAGCUGUUAGCAAUAACAUUCAUUCUGUGGUGAUUAAACAACAGUGACCUGAAACAAGACAACUGGGCUUACUCAGAAAUGAGUGUCUGUCAUUUGGAGGGCAUCUUCAAAGCAUUUUGUUACCAGUGGCUGGCUGGAGGCCGAACAUUCGGAUUGCUCAAAACGGUUUUACAUCAGCAGACUUGUCACCAUGGCAACAAAGCCAUUGGCCUGGCAGGAUCAGGGUCCUCUCAACACACUAGAGGAGGGGGUCAAUGAGUUCUGGGCGCAAGGUGUAGCAGGUGCAACCAAAAGCCAUGACUCCCCACUGCAAGAUAAAGAGGCUCACAGGGCAGAACCUGAAGAGGACAUAAACGCCCCGGAGCCUGGAGCUCGAUGCUCGCCUAACGACACAGCUGAUGCAACUGAAUCAGAAAACCAGGAAUUAACAAGAAUGUGUGUGUGCACCCCCAGGGAGACACAAGAGAUGGUGACAGAAUUAGAACAAGCUGCCCAACUUUCAGAAGCAUUACAGGAUCAAGAGGAAGCGGAGAAGUCUACUGAUCCAUGUGAGGAUGCUUUCCCGCCUCCUCCAGCCUUUAUCAGUGCUCCAUCAACAGAGGACUGCUUUGAAAAAGAGAGCUUUUCUAGCCUAGAGGGGGAGGUGGCUGCGUGGAUCAGUGAUGCUGAGAUCAUAUCAGACCAAAUAGAAAACCCUCCGUCUCCUGAUAGACAGAUUAGUCCAGAAGGGCCUCCUCUUCUGCCUGAGCCGGUAAAUAGAGAAACAGAGUCAUCACCUGAGGAAAAUGGCUCACAGCUGAACGUCUUACAGGAUAGUUUCAACAGUGAACCAGAUAAUAUGCCAAGGGUUCCCGCCGCCGCAAUAAAUUCAAUUGUUCAUCAGUCUUUCGAAGCCUCAUAUUCUGCCUUUGAACAAGACCCAACCUCCUCUACAGUUCCCUCUGUCGAACAUCAGGAGGAGCUGUUGUCCCAGAGUCCAAGUGAACCUCCUUCCCCCAGGGGAGAAAACCAGGAAGCGGCACAACAGGUGCACGGCCAGAGCUCCUCACCUUUGUCAACUGUUGCCAUGGAGCUGUGUAAAUGGGGCGGAGCAGCUUCUCAAGGCCCCGGUUGUUUGGUAGCUGUGAGAGAAAGGCACAGAGGGGCGGGGGAAAGCACAGAGGGAGAGAGCAAGCAAACAGGUGGAGAGGGAGGGCAGAGAGAAAGAGGACUUGAAAGGAACAGGUUGCUUGAGCAGCAACACGGCGGAGGACUGUUAACAAAAACACACCGAGCAGAAGAGGUUAAGCCAGGAAAACACAGCUUUGUGUAUUCUAAACACACCAGGAUGGAGAGUGACUCAUAUGAUGACAGCCAGAGUGACAGUGGGGUUUCAGCUGACUUCUCCCCAUGCAGCACUUUGGAGGGCAACACCACCAUCUCUCCAGCAGCGGCACCGAAAGAGACUCCCAUUGAGAGGGAGAUCCGACGGGCUAUAGAGCGUGAACACAGCCUGAGAAGGUCCAGAGGGUUACCCAAUCCACCUACAGCACCAGAGUAUGUAGAGAUCCCUCUGAGGAAAACUGUUCUCUGCCAGUCCAUCACUCUAAACUCUGAGAGGUGUCAAGGCAAAGACAGGCAGUUUGCAGGCAAGAAGAUGCAGCAAGAGAUCCAUGAGGAGACCCAGAGGGAGCAGGAUCUGGUGAAGCUUGGAACAGUUCCAGGUUUCUAUGACAAAGGCACGGUACGCCAGCUCAAAGACAGAAAACAACUUUUUGAGGCCUUUCAGAAGCCGGAUGACUCAACUCUAAGUCUGUCAGCCAGGAGUCAGGCCAUGUCCUGGUCCUCUGUCAGUGACAUUUCAACCCUGGAGGACCAGGAGGACAACUCAUCACAGGCGUCCACCAUAAGAGGCUCACAUGUGGAGAGGAUUCACACACAAAGUCAAAACCUAGCAAAAGGGGGGGGCACUCCGCGAGGAGCGGGCUAUUCUGAGGGGAAAGGCUGUCAGGUUAUUAUCCUGGAGAACAAUCUGAGUGUCCCAGCGCUGAAGCUCUACCACGCCAAGCCAGAGGCACAGCCCGUCACUGUCGUAGACUCUGGAAGAUCUAACUUCACAUCAUCCAGAACAGGAGGCCAUGAUGGGAUUAAAGUGAGAGAACACAAAAAGGAGGAGGUAGAAGACGAGGGGGCACCCAAGGAGAACCCCUUUUUCAAGCUGCGCUCCUCAACAAAUUUGGUUAAAGUAGAGAAGGAUAUCCGGGAGGCUCAGGAGAGGGAGAAGGAGCUUCACAAGCAGAGGAUCAGCCUGUAUGGUGGCACAGAGGGCCCAAAGGGAGCGGGGGGAGGUGGGGGGCCAGUCAUCGCAGAAGGAAAGACUCCCACGUUAUCUUCUUCUUCACUGAACGGACUGGCUGUUCCUGAAUUACCCGUCUCAUCAUCCAGACGGGGAACGAGACCCACGGCAGCACGCCAGUCAGUUGGCAGGUUAGGCAUGUGGCCCCCGCCCCAGUCUGAAGAGGAGAAGAUUAACCGGCCAGAGGUCCUCCAGGGUUCCCUGACCCCCAGACAGAAGACUUCUCUGGUGCAGCGCUGGGAGUCCGGUCUAGUCAACGGACACAACACAGAGGACGACUGAGGAGACGUUUCUAGAGUGAUCUGAAAGAGUGAGGUUACAUGAAAACUUGUAGUUUUUUAAGUGGAGGGCUGAAGGAGAUAAAAAGGAAAGCAGGGAGGAAAAUUGGAGCAGUGAUGAAGGGGAGGAAAGACAGAAUGUGAAUCCAAAAGAGGUCAGGGAUUGAGGCUACAAAGGGGGUCAGGAGGAUCGGGACCAAGGUAAAGGAUUGCUUGUGGAUUAAAAACCCUGAAGAGUCCUCCAUCAAGAAGGAGAUAAAAAGAAGGAGGAGGGCCGCCUAUUAGUGGAUAAGCAAUUGGCCUGUUUCCUGUGCUGGAAAACUCUAAGACUAAUGAAUGUUUAAAGGCAGAAAAUAAUAAUGACUUUGCACCAGGGGAAAGAAAAAUGUAAGUUUAGUAAGAAUUAAGUUCUUUAUCAUUGGAACCUUUUUGUAAUAAUAAGGAGUUGUGAUGUAUUGAUGAAAAUAGAUUAAGUGGGGCUGUUUGUAGCUAGAAAAGCAAUGUGUCAUCCCCAGUUGUAUGCCUUCAAUUAUUUUUAUCCUGAGUUAUAUUACACCUCAAUUAUCAAAUAGAAUCCCAUUUAAAAGCCAUGCAAUAAAUCCUGUAGCUCAAUGUGUUUAGUUUAUAAUGAGGUUGUGUCAGAGGUCAUUCAUUAUAGAGUUUAUAUACCUAGCAAAAAGUCUAACACAAAAAUAUACUGUUUCACUAAGAGAAAGAAUUUCAUCAUUAUGGUUUUAAGCACUUUGUUGAGGUUUUCCUUUUAUGGUUACUCAGCGCAUAGAAAACUGAUCUGAAUUGUUUAACCUUUGGUAAACCUUGAAUGACUACUUAUGUUCUUAUGUUUCUUGCAUCACUAAGAGCUAGAUUAUAGUGAAAUUAAGCACCUUUCUGUAACAAUGCAAUGCUGAUCUGGAUUUGAGAGCUAAAGGAUUUUAAUACACAUCUAAUGCUUAAGAAAUAGUUGCUCUGUUGUUUUUUCAAAUGAUGCAGGAAAAAAGUAUUUUGGAAUGAAACUUGAU